CAAGACCGCCGGCGAGAGGGCGCCCGAGGGAGGGGGUGCGCGCCCAGGACAACGAGGGUGCGUCAGUUUUGGGGAGCAAGCCCCGGACGGGGACCGUGCACCCAGAGGCUGUGUGCGCCCCGAAGCCCCAGGCACCGCCGGCGCCCCCCGCCGGACUCCCGCGGCUCGCCAAGAGAGCUACGGCUGCAGUGGGCUGACCGAGCCUCUUCCCGGAGCCUGCCUGGGACACUCUGGGACCUUCCUCCUCCACAGCUGCCUUCUCCCUGGCUCCGGCACCCGCCCUUCUGAAGUCACUAGUCUGCGCUGCAGUGAGGAGCCCUGCCUGGAGCUGGAUCCUUACAGUAGAACUCUCCAAGGAAUUUUACAAACUCAUCAGCUGAAGAGUGCCUGAGAUUGAUGGUCAACUUUCCCUAAGAUGGAGAAGACAGACGCCAAAGACCAGUCUUCUCAGGGGGAUGAAGAGAAGGACCCUCCAAAGAGCCACCCCUACUCCGUGGAGACCCCAUAUGGCUUCCAUUUAGACCUGGACUUCCUCAAGUACGUGGAUGACAUCGAGAAGGGGAACACCAUCAAAAGGAUUCCCAUCCACAGAAGGGCCAAGCAGGCCAAGUUCAGCACUUUGCCCCGAAAUUUCAGCCUUCCCGACGGCGGGGCUCGUCCCCACGCUGCUCCUUCCCACCCACACUGGUCCCCAAUGGUGCCGAGGAAGGUGUCGCUUGGGACAGGAGAGCGAGCCCAGCCCCUGGCGCUCGGCGAUCACCCCCAGGCCGCGGCCAGCGGGACCGGGGUGAGCUACCACAGGAAGGCCCUGCUGGCCGAGACCGCCAGGCAGUUGGAGGCCGCUGCUCCAGGGGUGGCCGAGCUCGCCUGCGGGAGUGGACGGCCCCAGCUUUUGAGAGCAUCCAGCAUGCCAGCCACGCUGCUGCAAAACAGGGCCUCAGAGGACCCAAGCCUAAACUCAGGCCCCCCCACCCCACCCGUCCUCCCCCCACUUCAGGGUGAAGGUGGUGUCUAUGAUGGAGCCUUUGGCCCCGCGGAAGGAUUUGCAGGUUUUCACAACGCCACUCCGCGAGCAGCCACCCAACCAGAAGUCAGGGAGUUUGGAGAGCUGGUGCCAGGGAUUCCCGCGCGGGUCCAGGAGGGGGCUGAGCCUCCAGAGGGUGAAGAAGAGGCCCCAAAUCACCUCCCUCUCCCAAGUCCUCCUUUCCCAUCCCAGACUGCGCUUGUAGUUCUAGAGGAUGCAGAAGCCGAACGCGAAAGCAGAGAAGCAGAGGUGGUGGUCACGACCCCUGGCCCCCCAACACCAAGCCCCCCCCCCCUGCCGUCACCCAUCCCUGAGAAUGAGCUCCCCCUAGAAGAAAUCGAACUCAGCAUCAGCGAGAUCCCGCCGCCGCCGCCGCCUGUGGAGGUAGACGUGAGAAGCGUCGGCACCCGCGUCACGGAGGAAAGCCUGGGCCUUGCCCCCAUGGAUCCGGGCAGCAUCUCCAGCCUGAAGCAGCGGCUCUCGGAUCUUGAGGGCGAAUUGUCUGGAAGAACUGAGGAACUGGCCCAGGUCAGAGCUGCCCUCCAGCGGCAGGAGGAGGAAAUCAAGGCCAGAGGGCAGAGGAUUGGAGAGCUAGAGUGCACUGUAGCUCAACUGGCGGAAAAGCUUAGUCACAAAAGCACCAAAGACGCUCAGGGCCAGACUGACGCCAUGGUCAACACUGGCCCUCUGCACGGACUCUUGACCAGCGAGUCGUGUGACAAGAGCAUUGGGGUCAACCUUCUGAGCAGCAUGGGAUCUGAAAGCUGGGGGGCCGGGGAAGAGGGGAAUAGCCUCCUGUGGGGGCAGGACAGUCACAAACAGGGGGAUCGGAGUCCAGCAGAACUUGUGCCACUACCCCAGCUGUCACUGCCGCAAGGACCGGAGAUGGUCCUCACCCCCUCUUUACAUAGCUGCCUCUCCACCGAGCUCAGGAUCGAAGAAGCAGGCUCUGAGCAGGAGGGAGGCCCUCAGUUGAGAGCCGAGGGUCCGAUUAGGGGAGCAGGAGGCUCUCCAGGGAGCAGCGAGAGAGAGGCCCCCCCAGCAGGGAGGGAGGAGGCCAGUUCAGAGCUCCCGGGGAAGGAGCGUCCGGGAAGGCCACCAAGCUCACCCACUGAUGCCACUAUUGGGCAGUACGUUAAGAAGAUCCAGGAGCUCCUGCAGGAGCAGUGGAGCUGCCUGGAGCACGGGUACCCGGAGCUGGCCCGCGCCAUCAAACAGCCCGCCUCCAAGCUCAGCAGCAUUCAGAGCCAGCUACAGAGCUCCCUCAACCUGCUGCUGUCCGCCUACUCGGCCCAGGCUCCACCCCAGAAGGAGCCCACGGGCCCCUCUUCCUCCCCACCGAUGGAGAUCUCCCCGUCGACCAGCCUUAAAUCCAUAAUGAAAAAGAAAGACUAUGGCUUCCGUGCAGGAGGUAAUGGGACCAAAAAGAACCUUCAGUUUGUUGGGGUUAACGGUGGCUAUGAGACCACCUCGAGUGAGGAGACCAGCGGUGAGGACAGCUCCCCAGAGGACUUGUCUGACAGCGAGGCUGAGAAGAAGUGUGAUGGCCCAGAACAUAGGCCGGGCAAGGAUGCCCACCUCAGCUGCAAGGCGGGGCAGGGCAUCCCCGAGGACACCAGCAACACAGACCGGGAAAGUGGGCCUGGGGAAGAGCUCCCCCAUCCCAAGGCAGAGAGAUAUAAACCCUCAGAAGAAUUCCUUAAUGCAUGCCAGGCAUUGAGCCAACAUCUGCCGGAUACUGGGACGACCACUGACCAGCUCUUGAGGCAAAGCUUGAACACCAUCAGUCAAGAGUGGUUCCGCGUCUCCAGCCGGAAGUCAUCCAGCCCUGAUGUGGUGGCCGCCUACCUCCGCGGGGUGCAGCCUCACUCCCCACACUUGCUAAAGCUGCUCGUCAACCUGGCUGAUGGCAACGGGAAUACAGCUCUUCACUACAGCGUGUCGCACUCCAACUUCUCCAUCGUGAGGCUGCUGCUGGAGACAGGUGUCUGCAGCGUGGACCAUCAGAACAGAGCUGGCUACACCGCCGUGAUGAUCACUCCCUUGGCUUCUGCAGAGACCGAUGAAGACAUGGCUGUCGUCUGGAAGCUCUUAAGAGAAGGAAAUGUGAACAUCCAAGCUACUCAGGGAGGCCAGACUGCUCUGAUGCUGGGAGUCAGCCACGACAGGGAGGACAUGGUCCAAGCGCUGCUGAGCUGCCAGGCAGAUGUCAACCUGCAGGACCAUGAUGGAUCAUCAGCCCUCAUGCUGGCCUGUCGCCAUGGCAACGUCGACAUGGUGCGGCUGCUCCUGGCACACCCGGCCUGCGACAGCAGCCUAGCCAACAAGGCUGGCCAAACGGCUUUGUCCAUUGCUCUGAAAUCUCCCGCCCACGUGGAAAUUGCAGGGCUGCUGCGGGCCCACGCGAAGCAAGGCAGGUCCCUGGGGCCGUAGGCUGCGGAGGAACUGGCCACCGGGAACAGAAGGCGCCUUCUCUGGACUCCUCCCUCACCCUUGGAGAGGGCAUGGGUCACAGCCAGAGGGCCGCCCCUCAACAGAAAAAACUAUGUCAAAUAUGCACAUACAUUCCUGUUGUAUAAUUCUGCUCAUUAGGAUGCUUUGUAGUUUUUGCCUUAGGCCAGGCCCCAGAACUCUGUGGGCUGCAGAGGGGUGCAAGGUGCAGGUGCACUGGUGUCGGCUAAAAAUCCCAAGCAUCUUCAGCCUCGAAUUCCUGGUGACUCUACCGUUUGUAGCACCAUGUAGAGAGCAAGCAGGCAGGAGCUCAGUAGCAAAGCAAUACUUUUUACAUGGAAUUUUAAGUGCACCGUCUUUUUGUUUUUUAAUCAAUUAUAUAUGAACACGUCCCAUUGAAUAUGCAUGUCUACAGAAGACAGGGUGGGAAAGGGGAGGGAUUUAAGCAGCUGCCCUGGUGAUCAUUCUCUGGAGGACCCUCUGAGAAUCACCAUGCAGGCAGGUGAAACUGAACAAACCCCGUCUGGGGCCUUUGUUUAGCUGGGGUUGACAGAGAAAUCUUAAAUUCAGACGAGGUAGGAUGAAGCACAUUGGUAUCAACGCCAGAUAUACAGUCUUGACCGUUUCUAAGUCGUCAGGUAGCUCCAGUUUGCUCCAGGGAAACGAAUUGAUCAGGAAAUCCAAUCCUGUGAAGCACACCACAUAUAUGUAGGCAGAGUCCAGCUAUGUCAGCUCUUCUGAAUCUGUGAAAGAAACAAGUGAAUUGGAGGGAGCAUCCUUCUAGGGGUGGGUUAUUGUCACCCAGAAGCCACCGCUUUUCCUCCAUAGCGGUAUCCAUGGUCUCAUGGUAAUCCCAGCUCCUAUCCCCUCCCAUCCUUAUGAGUGGGCUGUAAGCCCCCAUGAGGCUCUGACGUUUCCCAGGCUCUUGGCUGCAGAGCCUGCCAGCCCGGGCUGCAGCAGGAGUGUGGAAGCUGGCCGGGCAGGCCCCACUCUGCACUCUCUCUCUCCACUGGACAGUUCUUUCUUAAACUUCCACAAUCCUGGGGGCCCACAUGUGCACAGCUCACGUUCACUAACUCACACAAGGUCAUCUAUGAAUUUCUUCUUUCCUAAAAAUCUCUUAUGCAAAAAAAAUCUCCCCUUAUAUAAAAAGGAAAGACAUCAAAGUUGGGUGAGCCUCAUGCUGGCAACGCAAAAGCUUGAGUUCUUCUUUGACUCAGAUGCCAAUUUGCUUGGUGUCCCUUGGGCAAGUCACGGAAACCUCCCUGGGAGGUUUCAUCACCUCUAAAAGUGGAAAUCAUCAUACAACCCACUUCCUGGGGCGGGGAGUGCAGGGCAAGGAACAGCCAGUGGAAGCUUUGGAAUCUCAUCUGUAAUCCAUAAAGACCGUCCACAGAGAUGGCAGAGGAAAAGUCAGUACACCGUUGUGGUUCAUAAGAGAGGCUCAAAGUCCCAGAACAGGACAGUGGUGUAUGACGGUGUUGCUCAGAGAGAAUGGAGCAAAUAAUGACUUAAAAUGCUUUAACUGGGUUUAUUUUGACCUCAAAGCACAUUUUAAGAGUAAAAACCCACAUUAAUAAAUGUUCUAGCCCAGUGCUUCUCAAACUUCAAUGUGCAUACAAAUCACCUGGCGAUCUUGUUAGACUGCGGAAGGUCCGGGAGGGAAGGAGGCUGGAGAGUCCACAUUUCUGACCGGUUCUCAGGGCCCGCUGCCACUGCUGGGCCAUACCGCACUUGGAGUAGCAAGGCUCUGGCCUAUUCUGACUGUUUAUAUAUUAAAAUGCUGCCUCUCAA